AUGAAUAAUGACAGUGAAUUUAGUAAUCCCAACAAUUUGCCUGUAGAAAUUGUAACAGUGUCUGUAAAAAACUCAGGUGUAAUACAGCAAAUAAAGGCUUUGGAUCCAUAUUGGGUUGAGAAAAAAGAUUUUAUACAAUAUGAAAGACCUCCUUCUGGACCUGAUUUAUUGCUUGGUGCAGUAGAUGCUUGGAAAACAAAAAUGGAAAUUUAUUUAGGAAAUUUAAAGUGGUUACUUGAAUUAGAACAUCAUAGAUUUUGGAGUACUAUUUUACACCAUCCACAGUGUAUGGAUGCAAUAAUUUCAUUCAUACAAGAUGCAAACCCACCAUACCUUGAAUUACAUGAUAGCAAAGAUGUUCAGAAAUUGUAUGAAGAGAUUCGAAGACUUAUUCUAGUUGUGUUUAGCAGACUUGUUACAAAUAAAGAGAGUAAGUCACAAUGGAUGACAAAAGAAUUUAUGGCAGAUCUUAUAUAUAACAAUUUUAUAUUCACAAUACCAGUUUUAUGGGAUUUAUGCCUAACAUAUGGUGCAGAUAAUACUAGACACAUGUCAAAACUCAUGGAAACAGUAUUUACCAUACAGCCAAAAUAUCAGAAUGAUGCAAUACAAGCUUUAGUAUUUGUUCAAGAGGCAUUCAAGUUUAUAAUCUUACAAGUGAACAAAGAUUAUGAAAGUGAAGAACCACCGAAUCUCCCGGAGACAUUUAAAGGGUUUAGCGAAAUUAAGAGGCCUUCUGGAAGUAAAAAUCCAGAUAAAAUAACAUUUAGUAUUUUAAAAGAUUUAGUUAUACAUAUGUUAGACAUGGCUAUGACAUUAAGGAUAUUUGUAGAAGUAUACCCAAAGAGUGCAGAAUUAAUGAAAAAGAUCAAUUUUCUUAUAAGUAUAGUCCAACUCUACGAAUAUGGGAUACCGCAUUUGUAUGAAAAGUUGCAAGAAGUGGGAGACGAAACCAGUAUAACGUUCACCGAAGUAGAAGGCUAUAUAGAUUUAGCAAGAGCCGAGUUGAUAGACAUGUUGAAGGAAAUUCUAGCUGUUUACAAGAAUGCUAUACUUGAUGGAGAAGGCAGUAUUGUAGCCAAUGUCGAAGCUUAUCUAUCUCUGAUGAUGGACCUGUUGUCAGAGCGGCUCCUCAUCAAGGACUAUCACGCAUGCUACCCGGUGCACGAGGAUCUGGAGAUGUUGAAGCAGGCAUAUCCUGAUAUUGAUACGGUAAAGACUGAUUUUAUAUUACAAGCGAUAUAUUCAAACAUCGACGAACCGAUCCCCGAAGAGCUGAUAAACUCUCAUACCAUAGAUAAUCUAACAAACGGCCACAUCGAGUCCAUAGACAACGCUCCAGGACCGUCAAAAGACAACGAAAUACCAGAUAGUAUAAGGGAGCAAUCAUUAAUUAGCGAAGUAAAAGAUAUUUUACCACAUUUGGGUGAUGGCUACGUUCUGAAAUGCUUGCAACACUAUAGUUUUAGUGCGGAACGGGUUAUUAAUGCAAUAUUAGAGGAUACUUUGGCAGAUUCUUUGAGAGGUUUAGACACGAGUCUUCCAAUAAUCCCAGAAGAUAUUGUAGAUAAGAAAUAUUUAGAAACUGGCAUUGAAAGGCUCAAUGUGUUCGAUGGAGAUCAGUUCGACAUCAUGACACGAGAUGACGUCGACUUAUCCAAGAUUCAUGUUGGAAAAAAGAAGGAAAAAUACAGAAAUAUGAAAGACAUGCUGGAUGAUAAGACUGAGGUUAAAAAGAGAGUGGAUAUAUACAGUAAAUAUAACCUGGUGUGCGACGAAGUGUCGAUGUAUUCUGACGAAUACGACGACACGUACGACUCGGACGGCAUCGCGCCGACGGACGCGACCGACGAGCGCCGCCCCUUCGUCACACCUAGAGCUCUGCAGAAGAGAGAAGUACAGGAGGAAUCGGAUGAGUCAGAGGAGGUAGAGGAAGAGAAGCCAAAUAACAAUAGAAAUAGAAUUGACUUUUGCGUGAACCCUGAGGAAAUGAGGGCUCGCAGGGAAGCGAAUAUUCAAGUUCGUAGGGGGAAGGGUCAUCGUCCGCCACCACCAAGAAAUACAGAUGUUGUCGGGAAACCUAAAGGACAAGGACAAGAAAAGGAGGUGUUAGUAAGUAGAGAUAAAAAAGAAAAACACAAAUCAGCUCGAGCCAAUCAUAAUCGAAGACAAGGCGCUCAGUGGAAACGCAGCCAAGGAAUGAUGCCUUCA